GCAAUGGCAACCCUACUGUUGUCAAAAAUAUUGAUUGAAGAUUUGAUUUUCCGAACGACAUUUGGUUUUUCUAAUAUUUUUUGUUAAUUAAGCAGAGAACAGUUUUAAAUGUUCCCUAAUUUCUCCUCAUAUGUAUGUUGUUUAGUAAGUGCGCGAGUGGUGCAUCAGUUUGGUCGAGAUGGUGAUUCAAAAGGUUUGGAACAACGUUGAAGCGUCACAACAAAAUUCUUCUGAAAACACUACAUCCAGUAACUCAUGGAACUUUCAAGCACCAACAAAAACUAUAACUGUUCGCACUAACGACGCUUUAGUAGGUGCUAUGCAGAAACAACCUAUAACCAGACAAAUCGCCAUCAACACGCUGGCUGCUAUGCACCGAAGAUUUAGCCUUCCAGGUCCAGUACAACCUCACUCUCGGCCAAUAGCUGAAUUUCGAGCAAGUGCCAAUAAAUCCUUAGACAUGUUAAGACAAACCAUACAAUCUGCUGUAACUAGAGAAAUCGAUCAAGUUAUCAAAAAAUAUUUAGAGGUAAGGGCAGUGUGUCGUGCAAUGUUAGAUGCUACUCGUCUCCUGUACACAACCCCACCUAAGCCAACUCCUUCACCACUAGAGACCAGUGAUUCUGAAUCAAACAAUAGCAUUGAUUCUAAAUUCGCAAAGCAAUUGCAGAGUCCAUCACAAAAACGUAAAGAGUCUGAUUUGGAAACUGACUUGGGCUUGAAACGCAAGAAAAUAAAGCAAGAAGAGAAUUCUGACAGUGCAUCUUCAUCUCCUCUGCCAUCACCAGCUAUUAGGGACCCAGAAAAAUGGAACCCAACCAGACUGACUCAAGACACACUAUUUAUUAUGGGAUCUCAUGCACACAAGGUUUUAGGGUUGGGUAAUUCAAGGGGUCGUUUGUACACAAGGCAUGCUGGUUUACUUCGCUACCCAGCAGAUAGUGUUGAUAAAGAGUGGAUUGCCAGUCAUAAUUUAGUAAAUGCAGUUGGAGGAAAAACUUAUAUAAUGGUAUUGGAAGAUAUUGAAGAACUUGCACACAGUGAAGCCUAUCGACACAACUCAUUGCCAAUGCUUGGUGAAUUGACAGGAUUCAAAGUUCCACCAUUUAUGUUAAGGAAAAUCAAAACUUACGUAAUGAAGCGAGCACUAAGUUGCGAUAACGCCGAUAGUCCUCAACCGUCCACAAGUAAUGCCCAUGAAGAAAUUAAGCUAGAGGAUAUCAAAAUGGAACCACAUCAAAAUUAUGAUAGUAAUUUUAAUGCUAGUCAAUACAUUACUAGCUCUGACGACACGCAAGAUUUCCCUGAAGUGCCGAAUCUUAAAGAUGAUGGUGACUUUGCUGAUAUCAAAGUAGAGGACAUUGAAAACAUCAAGGUGGAUGGUUUAAAAGUGGGAGAUUUAGAUGAAAUGAAAGUCGACGGGAUUAAAGUUGAAGAUUUGGAUGUGAACAGUAUCAAAGUAGAGAAUAUAGAUGAUAUAAAUGUUGAUGGUAUUAAAGUUGAAGAUAUCAAACUAGAAAAUGAGGAUGCAUUUUCUCUCUGCAAGGAAACAGAUGAUGAUCAAAAUCAUUUGGUGGAUGGCCUCUUAGAAGCUGAUAUAGAAUUCUUGAGCCGUAAUUUGGGUAACAUCGAAAGUGAUGCUGAUGCAAGAAAAACAAUUGAGAAAUUAACUGGAGCCAAUCCUGAUACUAUCACUUUGGUGGGAGAUGAGUUUGAUUUGGGAUCAACCUUAAAUACUACUAAUUUUUCCAACAACCAAACGACAAAGUGUAUAACCGUAGCUUCCACAACAAGCGGUAUGAUACACAGCGUUCCCGUAGCUCAUAUCGCUGCACCGCCCCGUAUCACCGGCAGUACUGUGCAUUACUACACCAGUACUUCUGUGCCCAAUACUCAGAGAACGAUUCACCAUUUGCCUCAAGCAACAGUCACUAUACAGAGCAUACCUGGUUCCACAUCCCAGAUGAUUCGUGGCAACACUGAUAGCUACAACACUAGUACUUUGGUGCCUAAUACUCGGGGAGCGAUUCCCCAUUUGUCUCAAGUUACUGUAACUAUACAGAGUAUACCUGGUUCUACUUUGCAGAUGAUUCGAGGGAUACCCAUAAACACCAAGACGGGCACAUUCAGCACUGUGAUGUCCCAAGGCACGGCAAGCACCAUAAUCGGCUUCGGCACUCGCACGAACAACGCAACCAUCAUCGGAACACCAACCCAGUACGUUAACGUAUCUUCCAAAUCUUUUCCCACCGGCAAUAUCCUCCACAACGCUAUCGUUUCUCGCAAUAUCAUCAACCGCAACUUUAACGCUGUCACUUCAGGCGUGUCUUUUAACGUGACAGCCGUAAGACCAGUGGUCCACACCACCGCGCCUAAACCGACCACCGUCGUAACGGCGAGUUCCGACUUCGACAACAUAUCGACGACAAAAGACAUGAUAGACAACGCCUGCAAUUCUUCUGUCAUGCUUAAAAAAGUGCUCACAUUAGGCAGCGCAGGCGCAACGAAGUCUUUCAUGAUGCACAACACUCAGAAAGUUCUGUCCACGGGUUUUGCUAACGGCUCAACACCUCCGCCGAACGUGACUAUAGUUAGUUCCGGUACUAGUGGCGGUUUGUUAAACAACCCUAACAUUGGACUCUCGACUUCUACCAUAGGGAGUCCGACUUCGGGAACGCUGAGUGCUACUCAUGCGACUUUGUCUGCCCUACUCUCUUCAGGGGAAGGAAACCCACCGCCGAACAAAAACUAAAUAUUUACCAUUCCCGUUUUGCCCAUAGUGUUCUGCCCUUUAAUCUUGAUCUCAUACGUUAACAAAAGCUUCGCAAACGUAGACACUUUUUGUUACCGACACGGCACACCAUCACGGAAAGCCGUAGUUGCUGUGUCCGGUAGAAGCUCAGCUCAGUGUAAUUGUCAAGGAAUUUGUUAAUGUUGCUUGUGUAUUCAACUGACGACUUUUAGUUUCGAGUGACUGACACCGAACACUUUUGAUCGUCAACGAGUAUGUGUAAGGUGGAAGCAACUGGACACGAAAAAUGUUAACUAACGUCUGCGCAGUGAGUGGCUGAUUUCAUACUGGUUCUAUAGAAAUCAAAUAUUCAUUUGUAGCUUGUAUAUACAAGACAGACAAAAGUGUACACGUUUGCGCAGCGUCGUAGACAUGUAAUAUGUGAUUAAAAUGUAUUUCAUGCUCAUAUGAAGUGGAUGAGAUAAUUAGCUGGAAAAAAUGUAAACGAACGACGAUCAAAAUUACAAAUUGUUUGCUAAGUUUAGAUACUAACUUUAAUAGUUUAAUCCUUUUCUAUGAUUUUUUACACACUGUUAAAAUAGUUUAAAUAUAAAGCCGGGUCCCCAGCAAAAGUUUAUUGAAAAUAUUCAACAAAAACACACAAAAUUUUGUUUCAGAAACACGUUUCUCUACACACGCCGUCUACUGCUCACACACUGGCCGUCGUUCACAAAAUACAUAGAGCUACGUUCCAAAUCUACGAUCAAGGUGCAAUAAAUGACAAAUUGACAAAAGUUUAAUAUGUAUUAUGUCAAAUUUAAACGUCAGUGUGGAAAGAUGUAGUCGAAUCGUAGAUUUGGAACGCAGCCCCCGUUAUUGAAUUGUCAAAAAAAUGGUCGAUAAAUCAAUACCCUCUCCCUCCCGUGCGGGGGUGAUUUGUGUACGUGUUUUCCAUCGGGCUCGGAAAGCAAAAACUUUGUUGAUGCAAACAAAUAUGAGUAGUGAAACAGAGUUUUGUGUAGAUGAUUUUGUUGAAUGUUGAUAUGUUUUUGUUCAGGGCAAAACACGUGCUGGAGACUCGGCUAAAUAUAAACACAAAAGACAAGAAAAGAUAAUAUCUAAAAUGACAAAACGAAACCCAGUUAUAAAAAUAAUGUAAAUUAUGAUUGAAUAGCUUAUUUAUAUAUAUUAGCUCAAAAAUAUCAGCAACAAAGAAAAUAGGAUCGAUAUCUUUGCAGGAAAAAGCAGUUUCUUAAAAUAAAAAAUACUAUGUAUAAUAAUGUAAAAGGUACAUUAUUAAAAUUUUAAAACUAUCAUACUCAAAUUAAAAAAAAAAAUCGAGUAAAAUAUUUAAAAAUUUAAUUUAAUUUGACCCAAAAACCUUCAAAAUAAGAACGUACUCCUUCCUUAAAGGCCGGCAUCGCAUUUGUGAUACUCCUGGUGUUGCAAGUGUCCAUGGGCGACGGUGAUCACUUACCAUCAGGUGAGCCGUCUGCUCGUAUGCCCCCUAUAACAUAAAAAAACACUUAAUUAUCUCAUUUACUUCUAAUAUUUACUACAUGCUAUUAUGUAACGUGAUUUUUAACUCCCUACUAUUUAAUCAUCAUAUUCGUCUGUUAUUAGGUCUGUGUAAUUUAGAGUAUUGUCUAUUUUAACCAUUGACAUACAAUUAACAAAUAAGACUCCCAAUCGCCUAACAAAAUUUAAUCAAUAAAUCAACUUAAUACAGAUAACACAUUUGUUCAAAUUAACACGUUAUGUAGUGUCAGUAAAGAGACAUCUAUGAACACCGGGGCCACUGUGCGAGAUGUUGCGUUAUAGCAUUUGAAAUGAAAAUAAGUUUAUUGGGAAAUAUAUCUAAAAUACGGCACUCAAUCCUAUUUAUAAAUAAAACAAAAACAAUAUCGUUUAUUCAGUCAAGGCUGUUACAAGCACUUGGGAAUGUCGAAAAGCUACGCUUCGGUUGGCAAAUCUACGGCGGGAGACCUUGUACUGAGAAGAAUCGGCAAGAAACUUAGUAAGGGAUUUCUCCCUGUAUUAUAUACAGAGUCGUCAAAUUGAAAAAGGACUUCAAUAUGAGAAAACUAAUGAAGUCACUUUCCAUUACAAAUGUAAAUGAUAUAAAAAUGACUAUAAAAUAAAAAAUAUAAAAAAUUGAUUUAACAAAUUUUAAGUUUAGGAAUGUUUAGGAAUGCCGUGUACUACUGUUUAAGUGUGAAUCUAGUGUCAUUUGCACAGUUUUAAAACUAAACUUUGUCAGUCUAUCGGAUCGGGGUAAUCAAAUAGUGUAGAAACACGACUAUAUAAAUGAAAUCUCUGCUCAAUAGACGUGUAUGCAGACUUUGCCUUCCGACAAUUUUUGAGUGUGAUUGGGAGUCUUAUUUAUUUAUUAUACGUUGAUGAUUUUAACUAUAACUAUUGUCUAUGGCUGUGUAUUUUAGGUUGUAAGACGUACAAAAUGCAGAUCUGCCAAAUUCUACAUUAUAAUGCUAGUUAAAAUAUUGCGACGAUAGAUUAUUAUUAUUGAUUAUUACGUUGAAAUAUAUUGUAUGCUUGUAUAAAUAUGUACCUAUUAAUCUGUUCAUCGGGAAAUAUACGAGACUUAACUGACUUUAUUGUAAGAUGAAUUAAUAUAUUUUCUUAUUUAUUUACACAAUUUCUGAAGUGACUUCUUGAUGCUAGCAUGUUAAUUUGAUCUAACUUUCUAAGUGAUGUUGAAAGUUAACAAAUAAGGAAAUGUUUUUCAUAUUCACUUAAAAUCAGCACAUAUUGAUAAAGACAGGCUGGUUUAUAUAAAUAUUGCAAUUGUGUCGCAAGUUGAUAAAAAUUUUCUCGCUCUUAACACAAGGUAAUAGAGUUACAUUUUAUUAUAAGCGCUAAUACGGUAUACUACAGUAUACCGUGAUAAAACACCCUGUUUUUAAUAAUAUUUUUUUGCAUUCAUAACUGCUGUUAAAUAGUUUGAUCAACAAACAGUUACAUUUUUAUUAAUGUGCUACAGUCAACUUUACCUCUAUUAUCAGACUUGUCUAUAUUUCAAAAUAAGAUUGAUUUCGCCAUAAUAAAGGCACGUUAGUUAUUAAGUGGUUACUUUAACAGUGACAUUUUUAUGAUUGAUAUAUUUUUUUAUUAAUAUUAAUUGUAAUAUGGUAUUCGUACACACGCUUGUAUAGACAGCUUUAUCGCGCUUGUAACGCACAUUUAAAAUACUUAUAAUACUAUAUCAAACAGUACCGCCUAGCCAGUAAUAAAAACGAAAAGUUUUAACAUUAGACUUGCAACGAAUAGUAUAUUCGGCAGUAUACCGAAUAUUCGGCGAGGCCCCUGACCGAAUAGCCGAAUAUUAGGCAAAAGUAUUCGGUUGGAUUUUAGCGCCAAAAACUUGUACAGACGUGAUUGUUUCGCGCUCCUUUGUUUUGUUCUAAUGUACUCAUCGCCCGCGCGUCCGCUGUUGUUCUGCGCGGUAUAUUGCUAACGCAAUGCAUGUUUCGGCAUGUGGUCAUUGGUACAUUAAACAGGUGUUUUAUGUACCAAUGACUACUUAAUAAAUGAUUAUAAAAGAAAUGAGAACCUUACCCUUCUAAAUUUUGAUUACCACAAUAAUUCAAAUACAUAGAAUCCUCCAUUUUUCCAAUUCAGAAGAUGAUUAUGUACCUGUGUUAUGUACCAAUGACUACUUCAAUGAUUAUAUAUAACAGAAAUAAAGAUAUGACUAUAUACGUAAUCAAUCCAUUUUAAUUUUUCUUUUUACCAAAUAUUUCUCUAUGACAAAAUAUAUUAUUUAAGUAUUCGGUAUUCGGCCGAAUAUUAAGUAGAUAUUCGGUAUUCGGCCGAAUAUAAUAAAAGCAGCCGAAUAGGCCGAAUACCGACAAGUAACCGAAAAUUCGUUGUAAGUCUACUUUUCAUGUGUAAAUGCGAUAUUAUAUCCUGUUGUGAUAUUUUCAACAAUGUCUAUUCUAUUUUAAAUUGUCAAAUUAGUUUAAUUAAAAAAAAAACUUUGUGUUUGGUGACCUCCGUGGCCGAGUGGUAAGUACGUUUCAAGGUGUCGCCUGUUCAGAGGUCCCGGGUUCGAAUCCCGGCAGCAAAUGUUUGUAUGAUGAAUAUGAGCAUUUGUACCCAAGUAUCAGUAUAAUAUGUAUUCUACCUGUUACCCUAGUAUCCCAUAAUCCAAGCCUUACAGUGCUUACUUCGAGGUUGGGCUAAUUGAUGGGAGUGUUAGAAAUUUAUUUAUUUUAUAUACAUUUCUAUUGUUUCAAAGUUCAUAAAGCUUGGCAAGUACAAAAAUGCUAAAAGUCACUUAUGCUGACAUUGUAUUGUAGGUAGCUUAGUUAUUAAACGCAGUGCAUAUUCAAAUGCUUUAAUUAAUGUUUGCAAUACGUUAGCUUGCUUGUGUGCAAUUAUAGUUGAUAGCCUGUAAGCUUGCUUGUGUGCAAUUAUAGUUUAUGUAGUAGAGGUUCCUUACGUUC